GCAGACAGGUGUAGAGGCUGAAACCUGUGUUGUAGGUAUAUCUCCCUGUGCGUGACAAACAAGCAGGUUUUUGUUUGGUUAACACACGCUUUACUUUUAUUUUCCGCGUUGGAUCAAAUAGCGUUUCAAGUUUCCACCUUCAGGCGUGUACCUUUACUUUGUCUGCUGAGUUCACGGUGCAGGCUCUGCAGAGGACUUUGCACAGGGAAUUAAGUUUAUGCAGUUUACAAAUUUCAACAAUAUUCAACCAGAGGACGACGCGUGGAGGAUUUUGUAUUUAGUAAGCAUCAUAUGUGUGAUUUGAAGAGGGAACACCUGUUGCACCUGCCCUCCUGCUGCGUGCUCCUCACCUUGCGUGCCGCUGGGCUUCCUGUGAGAUCUUAAAGCAGAUAUCGACCACGAGAACUUGAUAACCGCAGUGGCAACAGCUCAGAGAGGAAGGUGAUUCACACCAGCUUUUAUUUUGGGACUAAAGAUGGAGUUGAAGGGGCAAAGGGCAAAAUGUCUGGCGCUGCUUUUACUAGUUGCGGUGUGUGUGCAGGCGGACUUUGUGGAGCCUUCUCAGCCCAUCACCUCCCAGCGCUCCUUCGCCGAGAGCGAGACCAGGCUGCCCUGUCACUACCAGGUGGAGAAAGGGGAGAAGGUGGUGCAGGUCUCCUGGUACAAGGAGCUCCACGACGGCAGCAAGGACCAGAUCAUCACGGCCCACUUCGAGGACGGCCACACGGAGUUCGGGCGUUACUCCGGCCGGAUGAGGUUUGAGAGCGGGAGCCCCACGGUGAACUCGGCUCUGCUCAUCCCCAGCACAGAUGAGUCGGACAAGGGCAGCUACACCUGCCACAUCUCCACCUUCCCCAACGGAAACUUUGAGAGGCACAUCACGCUCGUCGUCUGGAUUUUACCCAUCUCCAACUUGGACCCUGUGCUCCUGGUGGAGGGCCAGUCGUACCGCGUGGCCGCCUCCUGUCGAGCCGUGGGCCGCCCGGCUCCCCGCCUCUCCUGGGACACCGACCUGCCGGGCCAGUCCCAGAACCGCACCAAAGAGGGCGGGUCCGUGUCCAGCUACUACUCCCUGCACCCUUUGCGCAGCAUGAACGGGAGAAAGCUGGACUGUCUGGUGUGGCAUCCCGGCCUGGUGCAGCCGCGCAGGAUCUCAAACCGCCUGGUGGUCCAGUACCCCCCAGACGCCACCAUCUCUGCUGGUACAGGGGACUGGUUUGUGGGUUUGGAGAAAGCUGAACUGGUCUGCGGCAGCGGAGGAUACCCCAAACCUCAGAACAUCACCUGGACAUGGAAAGGAGGAGCGGUGCCGGAUAGGGUGACUGUGGUGGGAGGAAAGCUGGUGUUUGGGCGGGCCCUCCGCAUGAAUGACAGUGGGGUCUAUGAGUGUGUGGCCAGGAACGACGUGGGAGUAGGAAAAACAGAUUAUAUGUUGACAGUAAAAGAGACUUCUCAACAGAAGGGCCCCAUCGAUAACCUGCUGCUGAUCAUCAUUGGUGCUUCAGCCGGAGCUUUGGUCCUGAUCCUGGUCCUGGUCGUCCUGCUGGUCAACCGCUACCAUCGACACAAAAACAAAAGGCUUGAGAAGGAGCUUAAUGAAAAAACGGAGGAAAUUCAAAGCUUCUCCAGACAAAACUCCUUCAGGAGACUAAACUCUGUCGGCACAGACCCCAGAGCACAGCCUGAAGAUUACGCUCUGCUCAGAGUAGACAGCCGGAUGAAAAACAGCCAGAUGUCUCUGGAACGACCCGUCUCCACUCUGAGCGGGAAGUGGGGGCCUCCAGCAGGGGUAGAGGUGGACGAACUGGGACGCCCCGUCGUCUGGGACGACGGCAGGGAGAGCCUGAGAGGAGCAGAGAUGGACAGAGAGAAAGAGGAGCGCAGGAGGAGGGUGGAGUCCUACCUGAAGAGCAGCAACAUGUCUCUGGACUCAGGUCUGCCCUCUUCCCUGGUUCCCCUGAAGGCCCAGCAGGACGAAGGCGUCGGGCCCACAGAGCCAGACCUGGGCCACGUCAGAGAGGGAGACCCCCCGCAUGGAGAGGACUGGGCUCCCACCCAGUCGGUGGACGAGGAACACGUGGACGACGCGAACAGCAGCCCCUACCAGCUCUCGGAGGCGCUCACCAAUCACUUCUACUACAGUAACGGGAUCCUCAGGCCCAGGCCACACUCCAACGCCAUCCUGCUGCACCCCAGAGGACAGAUCAUCUAGACCACAGACUCUCAUCCAAAACAUGAGAGGAGAGAAACGCCUGCAUUGAAACUGAUGUUAUCCUUUUUCAACGGGAUGUUUGUUUUGUACAAAUUGACUGCAGGGGGUAGUUGACCUCAAGAACGAUCCAAACUGUUACUUCUUGCAUCUGGAUAGUGAGUUUUUGUCUUUUUAUUCUCACCCUAUGAAUACAUUUUUGGGGCAUUUUAUGCCUUUAUUAGAUAGCCGACAGACAGCAGGAAAUAAGGUGAGAGAGAGAUGGUGACUGUCAUGCAGCAAAAGUACCCAGCCAGACAUGAACCAGAGAUGGCAGGGUGCCCCAUUUUUGGGAAGCUUUUGAUCCCGAUUAUUUAGCUGAUGGAGAAUUACAGUAGCAGGACGAGUUCUGCCUUUCACAAACAACCACGGAGUGUAAAUGAAAGAUAUUUCACUCCUUAAACAUGCACGGAAUAAAGGUUCCUGUUACACAAUGUUUACUCUGUUAUCUAUUAUCUUAUAUUGACAAAAACAGAGUCCCAAUUAAUCCUGACAAACACAAUCGGGUGCCUUGUUUACAUCAAAGACAUUCAGGGAGGAUCAUAUGGACAAGGACACAGUAAACUGUACUAUAGUGUUUGAUAUUUUCAGCUGGGAUGCACCUGCAGAUAAGAAGUAAGUGUGUGCAUUUUUGUAACUAUGUAUUAUGUAUACGUUUAUGAUUUUGUCAUUGAACAGCCACUGUAAAAAGGUCAAAAAGGCACCUGAACACAAACGGGGACAAAGUAAACGGGUGGAUGUUCAUGUAUACACAAAGCAAACUGGUCUCCAUGACCAGAUGUAAACCAUAUCAGUGUACAGCGAAGAACAGACUGGACCAAACGUGCAGAAGAUGUGUGUGUGUGUUCGUGUGUGUGUGUGUGUGUUCGUGUGUGUGUGUGUGUGUGUUCGUGUAAAUUGUUUA